AUGCCGUCGUUGCUUGGCCUUCCCCUGGAACUCCUGGUGCAGAUCGUACAAGAAACAAUCCCGGUGGAUUUCGAAGCCACUGCCCUCUCUUGUAAGACUCUCUUUGCUGCCAGCACUCCUUUUCGAGCGCAAUAUGCUACACGGCGGAAACGGUUUCGAAACUUCACAUUUUCGCGAAAAUCCGAAGAAAAACCACAAGGGGCAGAAGAAUCUGACUCUGGCGAAUAUUGGGAUGAGAUUACCCAGGAAACAGGCAUCCGCAUCAUGAGCACGCGGGAACUGUUGGAACAUAUCGCUCUGGACCACUCUGUGGCGCAAUACAUACAAUCUAUUGACCUCAGGGGGUCCGUAGGUGUAGAUGAAGAGGAAGAGGAAGAUGUGAUAAACUUCCUGGAAGCUGAGGUACCUGAGACUCUAAGGAACUUCGUCCUUACGUCGCCCUUCAUCGAAGCCGUGAGGGGAGAUGUCGACGAUUGGAUUAAAGGAAUCCGAUGGUCCAUGAUACAUGCAGAUGUCUUCCUCCUGACCUUGUUAUCGCAAGUACGAAAGGUGGCUCUACACCCACGGUGGGAUGAACUGGAUCCUCUUGGUACACAUGACAUGUGGCCGGGGACGAAUGAACCUCUUUGGGCUGCACUCAAACUGAUUACCCACCGGGCCAAUCGCCCUGCGGAAUUUCCGGACGCGCCAUUAUCCCUGCUCUCCGCCGUGCAGCCAUCUCGUGAUAUCGGCUAUGAUGAGAAGUCCCCGUUGACACCAUUUGUGCCAUUCCUGGCAAUCAAUUCCGUGUCUGAAGUCUCCCUACGCAGUUGCAUCUUGAAGGAUGACGGGUACACUGGGAUAGCGUUUGACCCAAUGGUUGGAUGUUAUAGCACGAACCUACGAAAACUGACUUUGGAGUCAAGUGUCGCUGGCCCGGAGGAGCUGUCACAGUUACUCAAGCGAAUUCCAAACCUGGAGAUAUUUGAGUUUUCGCACGAAACCAAGUGGCAUGGCUGUGGCUAUAACUGGAACAUUGGUGCAUUUCUGGACACGGUGCAGAUUGUCUGCGCAGGGACACUCAGGGAAUUGUCGGUGACAGUACUUAAUAACUGGGGUAAUAAGGGAGCCACACUGAUGGAUAUGACUCGUUUUCAGAAAUUGGCUGUUCUUGAAUUGGACGUUGACAUGCUGUGCGGUCCCGCAUAUGAUCCCUCGAUGAGAGAUUUGGAAUGGGAUGAAUUUGAGUCUGUUGGCAGUCCGGCCUGGCCUAGACUGACUGAUAUGUUGCCCGCAUCCAUUGAAAGGUUCAGCUUGUAUCUCAACACAUUUGAUGGCGAUCAUCUGAGGUGCAUCUCCUAUUUAAUUGAGGGCCUUUCAGAUGUUCGGGCCACAAGGCUGCCCCAUCUGAACAAACUAUGCCUUUUUGUGCGUAUGGAUUCAGACUCGGUGAUUCCGGACGUGGCACUAAAGGAAUUAAAUGCUGCGAAGAGCAGUGGAUUUUCAAUUCUGAAGCUUGGAACGUCCACCUCCAUUUUAUAA